AUGGCAGACUUCCGGAAACUGGCACUCGAGUUCGUCCUCAGUGACGAUAUCGAAAGACAGGCAACAAUAGUACGGGAGGCAGCUUCAGCCAUCCAAUCAGCACCCAGACCAAGCAACCCAGUCGCAAGAUGGGUUGAGUCCAUCAGACCUUGGAUGCCGAGUGCCAAUGACGACCAAAUGGAAGAGGGUGAAGAUGGAGAAACAAGUGGUGACGUCAUUGCCAGAUCCAAAGCAUUGAGCUUCUUGGCUGGCACGUUGGAUCAUUUGGACCCCGAGUUUCUCAAGCCGGAUCAAGUCAAUCUGCUUGUGACCUUCUUUGGCAGCAUGUUCAAGGUUGACCACAAAGCUGGCAUACUACCAGCUGCCAAGGCACUCAAAAGAACUGCCAGCAUGAAGGCUUUUCAGCCUGAGAAAGGAAACGACAUUAUCAAUAGUGUUUGCAGUCUCCGGGACGACUUUAAGGCCCAGGUAGCAGACACGCGUGCAGCUGUGUAUGAGCUCCUUGACUACCUUGUCACUAACCUAGAUGUCAACAAUGACCUGCAAUACCAACACGGUACAACCGCUGGCUUCAUCACAGACCUCUUGCAACUAUGCCGUAACGAGAGAGACCCUCGAUGCCUGAUGAUAUGGUUCAAGAUCUUGAAAGUGUUCCUCUCAGAGUAUUCUCCUGGGCCAGAGGUUGUCGAUGAGAUCUUCAGCAUCUUCUCUGCAUAUUUCCCCAUUUCUUUAAGAACGUCCCAACACCCAUCAGGAAUCACAGCAGAUGAUCUGAAGCUUGCUUUGAGGGCUUGUUUUUCAGCACAUCACCGUGUAGCUGGCAAGGCCAUCCCGUACCUUCUCAGUAGGUUGGACCAACCGGACAGUGUGACUGUUAACGUCAAGGUCGAUAUUCUCAAGACCCUGACUGCAUGCUUGGGCAACUACGAGCAUGUCCAGCAAGGAGUUGCGCCCUUUGCGGAUAAGAUUUGGAGCAGCCUCAAGUACGAAGUCCGCAACGGAGAAAUCGAGGACACAAUCAACGCCACGUUGGAGGUCAUCCGAACCAUUGCCAAACGACUCACAGGAGCUGAACUUAGAGACUUUGCCCUCGCUGUCCAGCGUGACUGCUUGGAGGACUUGUCAAACCCUAUCUACACGGCAGCUUCUGGGAAGCUUCUUAUCUCUGUUCACAGCGCAAAACCUGCUGCUUUUGCGCUCAUGGUUGCUCCUUCAGUUACUCAUGUCAAAGAGAACCUUCGUCACACGAAGUCACCUGAGCAUACCAAGAAUCUCUUGAUAUUGCUAAACUCCCUGCUCGAGCUUCGGCAAGCCCUUAUUGGAGGAGGUGUGCAAUUGAACGUAGAGGAUGCCCAGGCUUUCAAGGCAACAGAACAAAUGCUUUGCCCGCUUCACAACCAGACGUACCUGCCUCUUUUCCAGAAAGCUCUCGAGGAUACAGCUCAGAAGGAGGAUAUUGCAAUAGGCCAACAGGCGAUUAAAGGUCUUGGGUUGAUGGUUUGCCAGCGAGCAGCCCAGACAGGAGAAUCCACCCAACCUAUGCUUCCCGAUUCAACACUCUCCGAAAUCUGCAACGGUUUGGCAAGCGUCAUCUUCAAGGAUUCCGAACAGCCUACGAUGGCCGAAGCCCGCUCCGAACUAGAGAACGAUGCUGUUCUCGCUCUACAGAAGGCUCUGAUGGCUUAUCCGCAAGGUCGGGCAGAGGCUAUCAAAGACUGCCUCAGACUAUGCGAGAUGUACAUCGCUUCCCCUGAGCCGGAAACUCUUCCAACGAUGGCUCCGAUUCUACAGGAAAGGAUCCACAGACUGGCUUUCAUUUGCUGCUACGAGAUUCCUCGCCAAGGCAACGCGCUCAGCGGAUACAUCUCGUACCUCAACGCGGUUCUCGUAAUUCUACACUCGAUGCUCGAUUCCAAAGCACACCCUAGACUUUGGUGGAUACUCGCUUCUGGAAUACAUUUGGCAAUGAGACUCUGCCAGAGGGCGGUCGAAGCAUUGCACCCGCGCUCCAAAACGAAUGAUUUCGAUGAUAAGCGGUUCUCGCUCGAUUGGUUCAGCCAUGUCGCCAAUCGAUACCCUGACCUUCCGCGGUUUGACGAUAACAUCGUUUCCAAUCAUGGCGAGGACGCGAUGGAUGUCGAUGAUCAGUCAAAGAACGUGAGUUACGGCGGCGAUCAGUUACACGGAGAAUUUAUUUUGUCCAGCCUAUUCGUGGUACGGCAACUUUACAGACGUGCCACCAAGAUCAUCAGUUACGCCAACGAUACUGAACUCUCCCUCGCGCUGAGUGAUGAUUUCCAUUGCAAGGACCCAGACGACAGGAAGAUCGAAGACAACUACUUGCAUGUUCUCUCAGAAAUUGCUACAUUUGUCAUUCAGCAGAUGACUGAGCUCGAGCAGACCAGGUUGCUUCUGAAUGAGGAGGUUGUAACCCUCUUCCGUGGAGAUGACGAGUAUCAUCAUCCCGACCCUCAAGCCGGACAUCCUUGGCACAAUUCCGAGCUGCGGGACGCUAUGCUGAGAACCUGGGCUCCUCAGGCUUCGUACAGUAUGACAAACCCUCCCAAGUUUCCCAUAAGCGGCUUCAGUCAGGGGCGUACUGUCAUCCUCUCUCUCGGUAUUCUCCAGCCCUUCCACCCAACAGCAAUUCAGCGCCUGGUCGAAAGAGGAACCGCACACCAGAUUCUCAUCGCUGGUCUCCUUGCAAGAGACCACUCAGCCUCGCCCAGAUGCCGUCAUGUUGUUUCGGCCAUCCUGACGAUCAUCUCCAACAAAUACCCCGUCGAAAAGCUGGACGAGAUUGUCACAAUGCUGCAGCUGCAGAUGAACUUUGUUGUAAGUGAAGAGAGACAGUCCGACGAGUUAGAGCAAAUUACGGGCUUCCUUGAGCACGAAGCCAACAUGGUACCUGGCGGACGACCUGAUGAGAUCAGGGCGGAGCUGGCGAGACCCGUGUAUGCCAUUAUUGCGGGCAUUAUAAGACGCUACAGCGGCAGCUCGCUCCGGCAGCUCCUGGCAACUAUCCAACAAGGACCCAACAACAAGAAGAUCGGCCACAUGCUAAGCCGUAACCUUGAGUUCAUCUUCGGCGGUCUCGACAUUCUCAAGAAAGAGUACUACGGACAAAUCCGCCCUCUCUGGGUUCAGAGAGCUUACUUCGAGAUGAUCAAGCCCAUGCUGGCCAAGGCCUGGCCUGCUGGCUCGAACAGCAGAGACGACAUGCUCACUGCUGCGAAUUACAGUAUUGCUGUCCUCGCAGCUGUCAAGUACAUGCAAUACCCGGUCUAUGAAGAUGACACGGAAGACCUGAUCAGACUGAUCCUCUGUGCGAUCCGAUACUUGCCAGCGACCAAGGACGUGGCGGCCGCUCUCAGUGUCCUACAGAACGUCACGGAGAACUCGCCCAAGCGGGUCCAGCCCUUCUUGAAGAGCGUCAUCGAGGCUUGCAUGUCCGUCUUUAACAGAAAUGGAACGCAGUCUGGCGAAGACGGCGCAUGGAUGCCGGCGGGCUACAUACCGUUCGAUCACUCUGGACUCUGGAGAUCGCAGUGUCGCUGCCAGGUCGUUCGCAUCAUUGGCCUCCUCCCCGUUCAAUUCGAGCACCGUCAUCUGCUUGACUCGGCGUCGCAGGCUAAGCGUUUGUUGGCGCAGGCUUCAGGUGACAGGGUGCGUAACGUUCGCGAGGCUGCUCUGACAGCCCGCGCUAAGUGGGAUGAAGUCAACUGA